AUGUGACCAGGAAACACAGAAAGCAUAGAUGAAGCUCUCUCAGUCCUUUUAGCUGUGCUGAAGAUGAAUUGCCUUGUGUUCUUGGUGAUGGCUUUUAUACAGUCCUACCAAAGCAAUGUAUCUUUAAUGGCAGAGGGAAAACAUGUGGAUUCAAUUGUGAAACUCUCCAGUACCAUGGCUCUUAAAUGUGUCUGCCCAAAGAAUGCAUCUAUUUCUCAGAUGGUAUGGGAGAAGGAAGAGAAUCAAAUGAAACAGCUCAUUGCUGCCUUCAGACUACCUUAUGAUCUACAUAUUGGAAGCAACUAUAAGGGAAGAGUCAUGGUCACUAAUUUUACCUCAGACAAUAAGACCUUGAUUUUCAGCAACACCACUGAGGAAGAUGUUGGUUUUUACCUCUGUUCCUUUCAUACUUUUCCAUAUGGGAUCUUGGAAAAGACGAUACAGGUUGUUCAAUCUGGAGCAUUUGAAUUUUCAAAGUUGCCAAUUCAUCAUUUGACUGCUAAACCAGGAGAAAAUGUCACUUUUGAAUCUUGGUCUAACUCCGAUGUAGCAGUGAAUCGAAUGACAUGGGAAAAAGUGCAACCUGACUGUAUAGAUCUUAUAAUCCAGUGUGCGGAUUCUGAAAUGCCAGUCUAUGGCUCGGAUUAUCAAAACCGUGUAGAUUGUAUCUCUGAAAGUUCGAUUGUGCUUUGGAAUGUCACAGCUUCUGACUAUGGAAUGUACCGCUUUUCUUACGACAAGGUGAAUGGAGAAAAUGGAACUGGCUGGAUAAAACUGACCACUAAUAGCUAUGCACUUAUAUUUACUAAGCUGCAUAUGAUUGUUAUUGGAAGCGGUGCCUUUUUAAUCCUGGUUAUUGUGGUUUUACUUAUAUACAGAAGUUUUUAUGUCACCAAAAAGAGGACAAGGAUUAAGAAGAUGAGAGACUACAAAACUACUUCUAGACAGCCCCAGCAGCAAUACAAAAACUGGGCUGGCCAGGACUCAGCACAUGCAAGUCAAAGUCCUACUGCAACAGAGGAUCCAAUCUAUGCCAACUGCAAACAGGUUAUGAAAAAGUGAAUUUACUGCCUUGUAUAUCAAUGAACUACCUCAACUCAUUCAUUGAUCUCUGGGAUUAGAAUCAGAAUAUAGCAAGAUAACCAAUGGUUUUGUUUUUACCUAAUAAAUCAGGAAAACAGGAAAUUAAAAAAACCCUAGCAUUUUUUCUCCUCAGAUGCAUUGAUUUGUAGUGGUAUAUCUGAAUUUUCAAAAACACUGAUAGCUACCGUAUAUGAGACAGAAUGAAAACCUACUGUGCUAAACAGAACUGGCAGGAUCCAGCCCUUCUGAAGUAUGCUCAGGAAAUAGGGUACAUUUUCACAGAAUAUAAAACAAAACAGCUGGAAGGGACCUGAGAGGUCUUCUAGUCCAACUCGUUGCUCAAGUGGGAGAUAGUGGCCUUGAGUCUAAAUAUGAUGCCUUUCCUAACCCUAACUGGUAACAUGCCACUUACAAAUCUCUGCCAAUUGCAAAGUGCAGUUCUCAUAAUUAUUUUCUAUAAUCCACCCAGAAGGCAACCCGGAAUGGAUAUAAAUUUGUCAUAGUUUGUGCAGUAUUCCUGAUGUACAUAUCUGCAAAAGUUGGUUAGAGUCGGUAGGCAUCCAAACAAGCAAUUUAGUUAACAGAAAUCCAUGCAGUGAUGAUGCAACUAUCUGUGAAUAUUUUUGUUUUAACUUAUGUAUUAAUAAAUGAUUCUAUGUAAUGUAAUUGAAUGUAAGAUCAAUUGGCUAUUUCUUUAAUGUGGUGUAACUUUGUUUUCUCAUUCAUAGCAUAAUACUGAAGCAAAAACUUACUUUUGUACAAAAUGAGCUUCCAAAUAGGGGUGCUGUCAAAUAUAUUGUAACUUUGAUUCAUCAGAUCUGUCAACAAGAUGAUGUUAUGUGAGAGCCAUGGUUGAAGUUUGUAUCUGAGGGAAGGAAGAGAAAUCUCAUCUCCAAAGAUUUAGGAGGGCAAGUGACAAAGUUAAUCAACAUAAAUAUAAACCAAUAAUUCUAAAUAAUCAGGCAAAAGUCUGCAAAAAUCAGGGAAUUCAUAUAGAUGACUCAAUUAGGAGCACCUUUCAGGUGGGCCUUAAAAAGAAGAUGGGAAACCUCCAUUUUGUGUUGGUUUUUGAUGUUCUACCCUGAGAUGACUUUUCUUCUUGGAUUGGCAUCCCAACCAAGAGAUCUGGAGAAUAAAAAGGAACUAGUCAUUUGGUAAAUAUAG